GGAGUUACUUCCGUUUCCGGCGGUCUAAAGCGUGCCACUCUGAGUUUGCUUUACUGCAAAAUGAGACCCCUGACCGAGGAGGAGACCAGUACCUUAUUCCAGAAGCUCUCAAAAUAUAUUGGAGAAAACAUCCAACUGCUUGUGGACCGACCUGAUGGCACCUACUGUUUCCGGCUCCACAAAGACAGAGUUUACUAUGUAAGUGAGAAGAUUCUCAAGUUGGCAGUAAACAUCUCCCGGGAGAAACUGGUGUCUCUGGGGACCUGCUUUGGGAAGUUCACCAAGACCCAGAAGUUCAAAUUGCACAUCACGGCCCUGGAUUACCUGGCACCAUAUGCAAAGUUUAAAGUAUGGGUGAAACCUGGAGCAGAGCAGUCAUUCUUGUAUGGAAACCAUGUGUUAAAGUCUGGCCUGGGUCGAAUCACAGAAAAUACUAAUCAGUAUCAGGGACUGGUGGUGUACUCCAUGGCAGAUGUCCCUUUGGGUUUUGGCGUGGCAGCCAAGUCCACACAGGACUGCAGGAAGGUGGACCCCAUGGCAAUUGUCGUGUUUCACCAAGCUGACAUUGGGGAAUAUGUACGCCAUGAAGACACACUGAUUUAAUUCAUCUUACAGACUUGUGACCAAGAUGUUUUUCUUGUGGGAGCAGCUGAAAUACAAAUACCUCCUUUUACCAACCUAUAGCAUGACUUGUGGAUACACUUGGUCUUCUGUUGGCCAUUCUUACUAUUGCAUAGGCACUGGGGCAUAGUGCAUCAAACACUGGACUUGAAGUUGGAAGAGGUUUGAAUCCAGCACUGAGCACAGUGCCUGGCACAUAGUCGGUGCUUAAUAAACCCUGAAUGAUUAAUGUCAUCUCCAACACUUAGCAGCUGGGUGAUCCCAUGCAAGUUCACUGGAUUCACCUACCUCACAGGGUUGUUGUGAGAAUCAAAUUGAAGGUAAAGUACUUGAGGCAAAGAAGGGUAGAAAUCUGAGCUAGGUAAGCAACUGCAAGGUGAAUGCUUAUUUAGGGAGAAAGUGAGACAUUUUGAACCUUUUUUGUUUAAUACUGAUUAAAUCGAAUGCCAUGAUUUAUAAGGAAAUGAAGUCACUUCUUGCUCCUUGGUAUAGGUCCUGAUAUUUUUUUAGAACUGAGGACAGGGGCAUCUAGGUGGUGCAGCGAGUAGAGCACUGGCCCUGGAGUCAGAAGGACCUGAGUUCAAAUACGGUCUCAGACAGGUGACACAUUUACUAGCUGUGUGACCUUGGGCAAGUUACUUAACCUCAAUUGCCCUACCUUCCCCCUUCCAAAAAUAAAAAAAAUUAAAAAAAAAAGAACUGGGGACAAAAAUAGCCGUUUCUUGUAGCUCUUAUCUAAGGGGGUGGUUGUUGAACACUUAGCUGUCUCUUCUUACAUGAUUUCAGUGGCGUAGGACAGAACAGGUACUUUGUCUUUCCCUAAGUUUUAUGUACAGAUUGCCACCAGAGUGGAAUAAGGACACCCAUGCAUCAUCCUGAGAAAGGUGUUCAUGCAGAAUUCACAUUUAUUUUUCAGUCUCUGUUUUCCAUGGUUUCUUUUCUGGUGGUGUUCCUACAGUAUCCAGCUCAUCAUUGUUUUUAUGGAAAUGGUAAGCUCUACUAAUAAGAUUAGGAGUUUGUUGAAACUGCGUGUAAUCUCACUAUUAAAUUGAGGUGUUACUGGCAAGGUAAGCUCCAUUUGGGUAUUGAAAAUAGGGUAGGAAAGAUACUUUUCUCUCUGUCCAAUGUACUUCUUUGAAGCCAAGGGCCAAGUAGAUGAUGAACUUGUUAAGGAAUCCUACUUCUAUUUUUUUUUUUUAAUUUUAGAAUGCUUAGGACAGUAAUUGUUUGGCUACAUAAUGGGUUUUGUCACCUUUUUGUACCAUACAAGACUUUUUUCCAGCUACCUUUUAAAAAGAUUAUUUGCCAGUCCUUUACUAGGCUGAACAAAGGGCCCUUCCCACAGGCUCUGAAUUAAUAAUUCAUAUCCACGCAUCUGUCCCCUUCACCCAAAGGAUUUGGUGAUUUUUUUUUUUUUAGGGCACUUAAUUUGUAUAAAGCCACAGAAGGGCUGGCUCACAUUUUAGACAGAUUAUUGCUUUGCUAAUCUACUUAUCUUUUAUUCAGAAGAUGUCAUUUAUAGAAGUACAAAAUGUUUUCCAACUUUGAUAAGGUCUUUAUUUUUACUUAAUGUUGGCUGUGAUCCAUCUCCUACCAGUUCUUGUUUUCAUAUAUCAUUAGCCAUCCUCCCCACCCCCAACUCCUUUAGGCUCUAGGUAAAAAUCAUUUGGUUACAUGCUCAGUAGAACUUAAGGGAAUAGUUAUUAGCACUGUUUAGAGCAACCUUUUCAAGGACUUACCAUGGACUCACCUAAAGCCAAGUAAUAAAUCUGAAAUUAGUUAUUUUUACUACUGCUGAUGGUCCUUUGUGAGUGAUGACAAUGAUUUUUUGAAAAUUUAGUGUGGAUGGCUAAUUACUGUAACCAUUUCAUAAAACUGGUUUGAUGAGCCCUGGCAAAAAAGGGGGAGCCGGGGAGGACUAGAACUUGGUAUCUAGUCUUGCCUUUAACAUCUUGGCUUAUUCGUGUCUGUGACCUGGGGGGCAUUGAAGAGACGCUUCAGGAAAUACAACUGCAGGAUCCCAGAAAGGACAAUAACUAAACUCUGGGCUGUUGACCACCAGUUCACAUAGUUAUAGUUUGAUUGGAGAAUGAAAAAGUCAGACCCUUUCCUCAUGCGGGCAAAAUUGUAGUACCUCCACAUGUGAAAGACAUUCCUCUGGACCUUUCGUGUACUUUCCUAGGGAGAAAAAAAAUGAAAAAAGGUAAAGGGAGGUUCUUGUAGGUGGACCCCUGUAUUAAUCCAAACUAUCUCACAUACACACUGGGUGCAUGUUUUUCACCACCGUGAAUUGAACAGCCCGUGUUGUUGCGUAUGCAGAAUGUUUUUAGGCAUUUGGGCAUGUUUGUUCACAAAAUGCUUAGGCUGAUUACACAAGUUAAACCAGCGUCAGAAGCCCUAGAUCUUCCAUAUGUUCUUCAGAAAUGUAUACAUAUAUAUACUGCUCCCUUCUAGACACUGAUCAUAAGAGUGAUUUGGGGAAGACCGGUUAUCUGGUUCCACCCUUAAUUUUAUAGAUGAAGAAAUCAAAGCCCAGAGAGAGCAACUGAUUUGCUCACCUAUCCAUAUGUCCACAAUCCAUACCUACGGACCCUCUCGCCACUCUUACCACUAUGCAUCUGCUUUCUGUGCUCCCUCAGAAUCCUUCCAUGGUUAGAGAUAAAUAGCAUUCCCCUUAACAGUGGUGCAACCUAAAGCUAGGACCUCCUCUCCCAAACGAGCUGUGUUUCCUUUUCACAUUUACUGUCAGGGUUGAAGCAUCCUUUGUAUGACAAAGUGAGUGGCUUGGACAAUCCAAAAUUGAGUAGCUGUCUCAUUCUAUACCUUGCCCUCAAGGCCUCAUUAACUAUUUCCUACCAUCCUUUCUCCAGACUUCAUUUCCAAUCCCUUUUUCCUUUAUGAAAAAAUGUGUUCAUAAGCAGGUUCCUCUCAAUCCAUAAAUGUUAACCCCCUUUGGAACAUUCAUUACCUCAAUGGCAUCCAAGGUAUCGUUCAGUUUCUGUCUCUCCUCAUUCUUCUGAUUAUUUGCCAUGUCAGCUCCCUCAUAAAAGACUCCAAAAUUGAGAUACACUUGGACAGAACCAAAAUGGUUGUGUCGAUUGUUCAGACAAAGCUGGUAAAAACCUGUAGGAAUUCCCAGAUGAAUAUUGAGUUUUCAAUCUCCAGACACUACUCAAGUAAGGUUCUUAUAUGCCCCCAAUUCUCUGGCUUUUAAUCUGCUGUCCUUUAUACAAAGCUCUUUAAAGCUACCUAGGAAGGAAAAAAAUCAAAUUCACAUUCUGAUUUAAUUCCAUAUAGUAAGCCCUCUCCCUGCAGUUUAAUAGCAAUUAUACUGGGUACAAUAACUGCAUCCCACCAUGAUUUUCCUUCUACCUCUUUUUCAGUAAUAUAUAAUUACCAUUUAUUUACUUAAGCUUCCUUCUCUUCCUGUUUGGAAGACUCCCCCUCAAUGCUAGUUCACUUCUCUCUCGGAUUAAUCCCAAUUUAUCCUGUUUAUCUUGUAGGUAUGUAGUCAUUUACAUGUAAUCCCCCUGCUUUAGAUUAUGAGUUAAUGGGGGGGUGGGGAUUCUUUUUGCCCUUCUUUGUAUCCCUUAGCAUGGUGCCUAGCACAAAGUAAGUGCUUUAGUCUGAGUUAGCUUGGUCAAUAAUAAUCAAAAGUUUGUCUCCUGAAUAGAUUCACUUACUUUCCUGAACCAGGCAUUUUGCAGAGUUAACAAGGUCUUUUGUUCCUUACCUUGAUUUCAGAGAUGGGCUUUCUCCACCUUCCAUACCUAUGCCUCCUUUCCUACUGAAAACACUUCUUCCCCACAUCCACUUUUUAGAAUUCCUAUAGUCCUUCAAAGCACAACUUGAGACCCACCUCUUUUAUGAGGCCUUUAUAAGUGCUCUAUCUGAAGGUGGAUAGAGUGGGUCAGGAAGACCCAAGUUCAAAUCCAUCCUCAAACACUUACACUAGCUGUGUGACCCUGGGCAAGUCACUUAACCCUUAACUCUGUUUGCUUCCGUUUUCUCAUCUAUAAAAUGAGCUGGAAAAGGGAACAGCAAACCACUCUAGUAUCUUUGCCAAGAAAACCCCAAAUGGGGUCAUGUAGAGUUGGACGUGGCUGAAAUCAAAACAAAUCUACCUGAAAUCGCCUUGUAUACUUUGUGUUCUUCAUGACAAUAAAUCUCUUCCCAGUAGAACGUAA